UCUGAUCCUAGUUUGAAGAGCCAUGUCAAGUCAACUCCUCCAACCUCAUACUUUGCAAGACACCAGCAAUUAAGCCAUUGUCCCACUCCAUUCAAGUAAGACUGGAGUUUGUCCUGGAUAAUCUCAGCUUUGACUUCAAUGCCUUCCAACCCACUGGCUUUUCUUACGAAGUUGACCCCUUCCUGAAGCCCCUCAAUACGGACGAUAUCACCAAACCCUACCGUCACAAACCUGGAAGCAUCAUCUCUGUAGAGGGAGAAAAUCUGGAUCUGGCCAUUUCUAAAGAUGAAGUAAAAGCCAUGAUUGGAGUCGGGGUCUGCUCAGUCAAGACCCUCACGAAGAACCACCUGUAUUGUGAGCCUCCCACUGAACAACCAGCCCCUCAACACCGGGCUAAGCGGGAAGGCACUGAUUCACUGCCAGAAUUUACGGUUCAAAUGGGGAACAAGAACUUCUGGCUCGGUCGUGUGCAAUAUGACACAGAGAGUCAGCUCACUUUCCCCCUGGAGGCCCAGAUUGGCUUGGGAGUGGGGACCUCUUUCGUGGCUUUGAUUGUACUCAUCAUCGUCUUCAUCUACAGGCGGAAGAGCAAACAAGCCCUGAGAGAUUACAAAAAAGUUCAAAUCCAGCUCGAAAAUCUGGAAACAAGUGUUCGGGAUCGGUGCAAAAAAGAAUUUACAGACCUCAUGACUGAAAUGAUGGAUCUCACCAGUGACUUGGUUGGCACUGGGAUUCCUUUCUUGGAUUACAAAUCCUAUGCAGAACGCAUCUUUUUCCCGGGCCACCGGGAGUCACCCCUGCAAAGGGACCUCGAUGUGCCUGAAUCUCGGCGGCAGACGGUUGAACAAGGCUUAGUGCAGCUCUCUAAUCUUCUCAACAGCAAGCUCUUUCUCACCAAGUUUAUUCACACCUUGGAAAUCCAGCGCACAUUUUCUCCAAGGGACCGGGCUUACGUCGCAUCACUUCUCACAGUCGCCUUGCAUGGGAAACUUGAGUACUUCACAGAUAUCCUCAAGACCCUCUUGAAUGACCUGGUGGAGCAAUAUGUGGCCAAGAACCCGAAGCUGAUGUUGAGAAGGACAGAAACUGUGGUUGAGAAGCUGCUGACCAACUGGAUGUCCAUCUGCCUCUACGCGUUUGUCAGGGACUCUGUUGGGGAGCCCCUCUAUAUGCUCUUCCGGGGUAUCAAGCACCAAGUAGACAAGGGUCCUGUUGACUGGAUAACUGGGAAGGCCAAGUACACCCUGAAUGACAACCGACUUCUCCGAGAAGACCUAGAAUAUCGCACACUGACAUUAACUGCGCUGUCGCAAGCAGGGAACACAGGGGGAGGAACAGAGGGCAGCCAGGGAGUGUUGGUGAAGGGUCUGGAUUGCGACACAAUCACCCAAGUGAAAGAGAAGAUCCUGGACCAGCUCUACAAAGGGACACCUUAUUGCCAUCGACCUGACCCAGACUCGCUUGACUUGGAAUGGCGGUCUGGGCUGGCUGGGCAUCUCAUCCUCUCUGAUGAGGAUGUGACUUCAAUCGUCCAGGGCAGCUGGAAGAGGCUCAACACACUGCAACACUAUAAGGUGCCUGAUGGAGCCACGGUUGCACUGGUCCCUCGUAUGACCAAGCACCUUCCCAGGGAGAAUCAGGAUUACAUCCCUGGAGAGAAAACCCCAAUGCUGGAGGAUGCGGAUGAGGGUGGCAUAAAGCUUUGGCACCUGGUGAAACCGACCGAGGAACCUGAGCUGCCUAAACAUCGGCGAGGGAGCCUGCGGGAACGGGAGAGAGCCAAAGCGAUUCCAGAGAUCUACCUAACGCGCCUCCUUUCCAUGAAGGGGACGCUACAGAAAUUUGUAGAUGAUUUGUUCCAAGUGAUCCUCAGUACCAAUCGCCCUGUCCCUCUGGCUGUGAAAUACUUUUUUGACCUGCUAGAUGAGCAAGCACUGAAUCAUGGGAUCACAGAUCCAGAAACCAUCCAUAUCUGGAAAACAAACAGUCUGCCCUUAAGGUUCUGGAUCAACAUCAUCAAGAACCCCCAGUUUGUGUUUGAUGUGCAAACGUCAGAUAAUGUGGACGCUGUGCUCUUGGUCAUCGCUCAGACCUUCAUGGACUCCUGCACCCUCGCUGACCACAAACUGGGCCGGGAUUCCCCAAUUAACAAGUUGCUCUACGCGCGAGACAUUCCACGCUAUAAGCAGAUGGUGGAAAGGUACUACGCAGAUAUUCGCCAAACCAUCUCGGCUAGUGAUCAGGAGAUGAAUUCUGCCUUGGCGGAGCUAUCACGGAAUUACUCAGGUGAACUUAAUUCCUUGGUGGCUUUGCAUGAACUUUACAAGUACAUCAACAAAUACUAUGAUCAGAUCAUCACCGCCUUGGAGGAAGACCCGAUUGCACAGAAAAUGCAGCUGGGAUACCGCCUGCAGCAGAUUGCCGCAGCAGUGGAGAACAAAGUCACAGAUUUGUGAGGUGUCCAAGGGACAGACGGCUAGAAAGAAAACAGACGGCACCCACUGCCGUCCCAACCGAUGCUCCUCACUGAGGUGGAGAGAAGCACCAGCAGAUGGUCAGAAAAUGCCAAGGGCAAGGAGGUGCCAGAGAACUACUACUUUUUUUUUUACAGACUCUUUUUUUAAAAAAAUAACACUUAAAAGUAAUGAUAAUAAUGAACCGUGUGCCCAGAAGCCGAAAGGCUCCGCCAGAUGAACUGAGCCAUUUUCAGCCAGGAGGCCAGAUGUUAUGAAUGGGCCAAGGGCGUUAGAGAACAGUGCAGCUGUGGGAGAUGCUGGAUCUUUACACACACAAAUACACCCCACCCUGUGAAGAGUGAGGUAGGAAACUGAACUCUCAUUGAGCUUCCUACGGACUUUUCUUGGAUCCCUAUUGGCUUAACACAGGGAGAUCCCCCACCCUGCCCUUUUUGCUGCACUUGGGAGUCUUUUCUUAACACCCAGCGAGACCUACCUUCCUCCAAAUUAUGGGGGACGAGCUAAGACAAGGCACAACGGAUGAAGGAAAAGGCCAGAGGAGGGCAGAUCCAGCUUAUUUUUCCACCAUACCCACUCAAGAUGGUCCUUGAGUUCCCUGGGCGUGCCUUCCUGUAGCUGCUGCUUCCGGCCCUUGCCUGGUUCUGCUUUCCUAAAAGCACAAACAACACUGGUACCCCCAUUGGCCUUUGCCUUCCCAACAGUCGAUAGGGGUCACCCAUUUGCUCUGCAGAAAAGAGGCAAGGCCUACAGGACCGUCAAGCUUUUGAGUUCUUCCCCCUGCCCCUUUGCGUUAGCACUUCUUGAGUAAACAUCUGCCUUCUGAGAAUUCCUUCUUCCUAGACCCCCAACUCACCCUUCUUCCCCAGUUAGAGACUUUCCCAUCUUUUUUUCAGAGGUUUCUUGGAAGGAUGACAUAGCUCAGCGAUGGCGAACCUUUUAGAGACCGAGUGCCCAAAAACUGGCCCCGCCCCUGCUCCACCCCCUGCCCCGCCUGCCCACAGGGCCACUCACCGCCUCAAGGGCCCGCUGCAGA